AUGACGGACGCCAGCAACAGGAAAGAGGGCUUCAAAAAAUGCCGGAGCGCCACUUUCAGCAUCGAUGGCUACAGCUUCACCAUCGUCGCAAAUGAAGCUGGGGACAAGCCUGCCAGACCACUUGCCCGCUUCUCUCGGUCUAAGUCGCAGAACUGUCUGUGGAACUCCCUCAUUGACGGGCUCACGGGGAAUGCCAAGGAAAAGCCACGGCCAACCAUCGUCCAUGACCCCCGACCACCAGAAGAAAUCUUAGCUGAUGAAUUGCCUCAGCUCGACAGCCCAGAAGCCUUGGUGAAGACAUCCUUCAGGCUACGGUCUUUGGUCAAACAAUUAGAGAGAGGAGAGGCUUCAGUGGUAGAUCUUAAGAAGAAUUUGGAAUAUGCAGCCACGGUACUUGAAUCCGUGUACAUUGAUGAAACCAGGCGACUCCUGGAUACAGAGGAUGAACUCAGUGACAUUCAGUCAGAUGCAGUGCCUUCUGAGGUCCGAGACUGGCUGGCCUCCACCUUCACGAGGCAGAUGGGGAUGAUGCUCAGAAGGAGCGAGGAGAAGCCACGGUUCAAGAGCAUUGUCCAUGCAGUGCAGGCCGGGAUAUUUGUGGAGAGAAUGUAUAGACGGACAUCAAACAUGGUUGGACUGAGCUACCCACCAGCUGUUAUUGAAGCACUAAAGGAUGUGGACAAGUGGUCCUUUGAUGUCUUUUCCCUCAAUGAGGCCAGCGGGGAUCAUGCACUGAAAUUCAUUUUCUAUGAAUUACUCACACGCUAUGAUCUGAUCAGCCGUUUCAAGAUCCCCAUUUCUGCUCUUGUCUCAUUUGUGGAGGCCCUGGAAGUAGGAUACAGCAAGCAUAAAAAUCCUUACCACAAUUUAAUGCAUGCUGCUGACGUUACACAGACUGUGCAUUACCUCCUUUAUAAGACAGGAGUAGCGAACUGGCUGACGGAGCUGGAGAUCUUUGCUAUAAUCUUCUCAGCUGCCAUCCAUGACUAUGAGCACACCGGAACCACCAACAAUUUCCACAUUCAGACCCGGUCUGACCCUGCUAUUCUGUACAACGAUAGGUCCGUAUUAGAAAAUCACCAUUUAAGUGCAGCUUACCGCCUUCUGCAAGAGGAUGAGGAAAUGAAUAUUUUGAUCAAUCUCUCAAAGGACGACUGGAGGGAGUUUCGGACCUUGGUAAUUGAGAUGGUGAUGGCCACGGAUAUGUCCUGUCACUUCCAACAAAUCAAAGCAAUGAAGACUGCUCUGCAGCAGCCAGAAGCAAUUGAAAAGCCGGAAAGCAUUAUCCUGAUGUUGCACACAGCAGACAUUAGCCAUCCAGCAAAAGCAUGGGAGCUCCAUCAUCGCUGGACAAUGUCACUCCUGGAGGAGUUCUUCAGACAGGGUGACAGAAGCAGAGCUGGGGCUGCCUUUUCUCCUCUGUGCGACAGAAAGUCAACGAUGGUUGCUCAGUCGCAAGUGGGUUUUAUUGAUUUCAUCGUGGAACCCACCUUUACUGUGCUCACGGACAUGACCGAAAAGAUCGUGAGUCCUUUAAUUGAUGAAACCUCCCAAACUGGCGGGACAGGACAGAGGCGUUCAAGUUUGAACAGCAUCAGUUCGGCAGAUGCGAAGCGAUCGGGUGUCAAGAGCACUGGCUCAGAAGGAAGUGCGCCCGUCAACAGUUCUGUCAUCCCUGUUGACUAUAAGAGUUUUAAAGCCACGUGGACUGAGGUGGUGCACAUCAAUCGGGAGAGAUGGAGGGCCAAGGUGCCCAAAGAGGAGAAGGCCAAGAAGGAAGCCGAGGAAAAAGCUCGCCUGGCCGCGGAGGAAGAAGCAAAGGAAAUGGAAGCCAAAAGCCAGGCUGAAGAAGGCGCGGCUGGCAAAGAUGAGAAAAAGACAUCUGGGGAAGCUAAGAAUCAAGUCAAUGGAACUCGCACAAACAAAAGCGACAACCCUCGUGAAAAUUCCAAAGCUGAGAAGUCCUCAGGAGAAAAACAACAGAAUGGUGACUUGAAAGAUGGUAAAAAUAAGACCGACAGGAAGGAUCAAUCCAAUGUCGGAAAUGAUUCAAAGAAAACAGAUGGCACCAAGAAGCGCUCCCACGGCUCGCCAGCCCCAAGCACUAGCUCUGUGAGUCGCCUUACCUUGCCAGUCAUCAAGCCUCCUCUACGUCAUUUUAAACGCCCUGCUUAUGCGUCUAGCUCCUACGCACCGUCGGUCCCAAAGAAAACUGACGAGCAUCCUGCGAGGUACAAGAUGCUGGAUCAGAGGAUCAAAAUGAAAAAGAUUCAGAAUAUCUCACAUAACUGGAACAGGAAAUAGGUCAAGGGGAAGAGAGGGAGUGAAGGAGAGACCCACUCCCCUGCCUGUCAGCACUCACCGGCCACAGUGGGAUGUGCUUCCAAGACCGUUGGAAGACUUGGGGGCUGGUGCUUUCGUGGUUGACUCCACCAAGGCAAAGUGAAGCCUGUAUGUGAUUUUCCCCUUUGUUCUGUUAUGGACCCAACCGUUACUGGAUUUGGGAGUCAGUGGAGACUCCAGGAGUAAGAGGUUAGUCUCAUGUGGCUUAUAUUUGUAUAGAUCUUUUGAAGUCUAAAUAGAACCCAAAUUAAAAUAAUGCCACCUCUUUAGAAAACAUGGAAUCCCUCCCACUGACACUUCUUUCACCCCUAGAAGUUGACUUGCCCCAAUAAGAAUAUUGGUUUAAUAAUCAUUGUAUUUAAGAAAUGUAAGUCUUAAAACAUCUUUUCCAAUUUUAAAUACAGUAGAAAAAGGUGUUUUUGCAUAUGCAUUUCUUAAAUAUGGUGAUUAUUAUAAUAUUUAAAAUGUAGGUGAAUAUGUAACUUCCAAAGGAAAUGCAUUAAAGAUAAAAGUUGUGUUUCUGAACGUAACAAUCACAGGCAGAAAAGAAGACCGAUGAAUAGAGUUCAUAGGUAAUUCUGAACAGAGGCUUCACAGAGAAGAUACAAGUUAAAAAUAAAGACACAUGCUUUGGUUUUCGUUGCAUGCUCACACAAUCGCCUCAUUUCGUACCUUUUGAAAUUUGAGAGUUUGCAGGAGAUAUAUUUUGGCUGUACUUCUAAUUUGUUACUUUCACUUACAGUUGACAAUUCUAGAAAUCAAUGAGAUGCCCAUGCCUCAGAGACUCCAGGUUUGAGAUCUACCCCAGGAGAAGUCUUGUGGUCCUGGGGCAGGAGGAUGUAAAUUGCUGAACCUAAUUUAAAUCCCUAAUUUGCAGAUUUUUCUCCAUAAAGUUGGAGAUACCUUUAAGUUCAAUUUCAGAUAAUCUUCCCAGCAGACCAUAUAGCUGAGCCCUUUGGGAUCUCAGUUGCUCUUACAGCUCUUGGAGGAAUGGAAGUCAGUAACUCACCUCUCUUCAUUGCGGCAUUUUUAGCUCUUCUGAAUCUCUCCUAGAGUUUUUACUUUGGGACUCAAAUCACACAAAGUGGGAAGGAAUCUUUCAAGGCCAGAAAUAGCUUUUGGUCCCUUUAGAAAUGGUCUGGUGCAGUGGAAAACUUUAGGUUUGUUGUCAGGCGGUUCUGAUCUCCAGUCCUGUCCCGUCUAUAACUAGUUGCAUGCCCUUGGUCUAACGGCAUAAUCUUUAAAAGCCUCAGUUUACUUAACUAGAAAGUGGGACUCAUAAUACCCACUUUGCCUUUUGUGGUGAACAUUGAGAGUAAUGUAGGUGUGGAUUGUUAUUGCUGAACUCAGUGAGUAAUAGGAACAGAACAGAUGUAAUUACGAGCAUUCCACAUCCAAAAAAAAAAAAAAAAAAAAAAAAAGAAAGAAAAGAAAAAGAAAAAGAAAAAGAAAAAAAAAAACAAACUCCCAGGCACCCCUGCAAAGAAGAAGCUGUGUACUGAUGGCCAUAGCCUCUGGAGUCUGACUGCAAACGGUUUAGUGUUCUCUUCUCUCUUUCACCACAGUUCACUUCUAGUAAACCACAGUUAUGCAAGUUGAGCCAGCUCCAGAGUUUAGUGCCCAUCACGCUAGUGAGUAAUUUAUUUAUAACAUGGUUUACGAUGGUGUUUCAGGGAAAUUUAAUUACUAUACAAAAAGAAAAAUCACUGUGACUUUUUGUUAGGAAAGCAAUUGUAAUUCUUAACUCCCUGCUUGGUCCCUGAGUGAAGGGAUCCUUCUGCAGGCUCACAGCGUCUAUUCUGCCUGAAGAAGGUUAGCUCAACAGGUACUUCCUCCCUGUUUGUAUACAGGUGCCUUAGUGCCUGCUUCACAGAGCCAUUAAGCAAACAGUGAAACUGCCCAUGGGGUACUGGCCUCCUUGCUCCCAGUGGAUCGUCAGUGAUGUUUCUCAUCUGUCCUUCAAUACUUUCAGUCCUAGGCAUUGAGAUAGCAACGUGGCUGUGCUUCCUUGACUGUGCUUCUUGACGUUAGAAGCCAUGAUCCUAGGGCAGAAUUUUCCGUAUUGUUUUAUCCCAAGAUGCUAUUUUUCAGCUUUGGCUAAUAUUUUGAUUGAAUUCAGAUACUGAGAUUCCUCAUUGCUUGUUAGAUACCUACCAUGUGUUUUGUUUUUGUUUUUGUUUUGGCGUGAUGGAUUGUAUACAAAUGCCAGAUUAUAUUCUUACAGCAAAUAAAAAGAUGCUUUU